AGUGCCGGAAAGAGAUAAGAUCGAUUUCUUUAUUUGCUUAUUCGGAUGGUCCGAUUUAAGAAGAUAUUGAUAAUCAAAACAAGAUUGCAUUUACACUUUUAUAAAAUGUUCAAUAACCUCGGCGCUAGACCGGUUUUGCAUUGGCAUUUGUGACGUUAGAGUGAUGUUUAUACGAACAUGUGUAGCUCAACCCGGAAUGACCUACAAUAAUCAUAGGAUCGUAAACGCUCCCUACUACCAGUAAUUUCAGACAAGUCUAGUACACCCCCUCUUCCCUACGAUUAACGGGUAUAAUUAUAACGCUUUCUGAUGUAAGCUUUUAAGCGCCAAAAUAAGGUUUACUGAAAGCUUAUUAACUUUCUGAAGAAUACGAUUUGUCAGAAUAUAAAUAAUUUCUUAGUUAUGUGAAGAUAAAACCAAGAAAAAAUGCAGAUGCAAAUGAUGUGCCAACUGGAAUGGGAUUAACUAGAAAAUAUACCUAAGGCACAAUCGUGAAAACUGGUUUAUCAAAUUAAAAGCGAUUGUUUUAAAUAACUGGGAAAUUCUCCACCAACUGCUCAGUUUGAUUUUAACAAUGUUCAUAAACAGUCUUGUAAUUGUUACGCUUCUCAUCUCGGCUUCGAUCAGCCUUGCUGAGGGACAUCCCUUUAACUUUUUUGACGAAAGCUUUGACGAUUUUAAGGAGUGUCUCCAACUCAACAACGUUACGAUCGAGGAGUACGAGAAGUUUGAGGAGUGGGAAAAUGUGGAUAACCUUCUUGGCGAAACUGUCGAAUUGAAGUAUAAGUGCAAUAUAAAGUGUCAGCUAGAAAGGCAGCCAACGAAAUGGCUCGAUGACCUGGGUAAAAUGGAUCUGGUUUCGAUGAACGCCACCAGUAAGAAUGCGGAAUACAUUACCGAGUGCAUGGAGAAGGCCUCAGACGAACCCUGUGCCUACGCCUUCACACUGGUUAUAUGUGCCUUUAAGUCCGGCCACUCCAUCCCCGACUACGAGUACUAUGAUGAUGAACUCGAGGCAGCCAAUGAACUAUCAGCGGAAGAACAGACCACGUCAAGGAAGUCCGCUUGAAGAGACCCCUGGCAUAUGUUUAAAAGCACAUAUUUGCUUUCGCCUGCGUAUGAAGGUUUGUCCACUUGGUAUGGUUUCCCGUAAACAGAUGCACAAAACCAACAGUAUCGCCAUAAGCGGUCAGGGCAAUAAAUUUUAAUUAGAAAAAAAUUAAUUAACGAACGCGGUGCUUUUGCGGGCUGAUUAGCAUAAUUAAAUGAAACGGCACGAGGCGUGCCACAGGGCGUUUGAAUCAAAUCAAACCGAUUCGAAUGCAAUCCAAUUAAUUGCGUUGGCCCGGGAUCACGCAGCAGGUUAGCACAUAGCACAUAACACAAAUAAUUGAUUUGUCGCACAUCAGAUAGAUAAGUGCUGGCUGGGGCCGUAAGUAGGGUUUGGCCAUAUUUCUCGGCGACUUCCUCGAUUUGCCAGCUGUGUGUGUGUUCUUUUGUCGUCCUGGAGCAGGAAAAAACAUUUUCCCCAGCACAAUGCGAUUCCGUUACAGUUUUCCACGGGCUCACGAGUGUUUGUUUGUGUGCGACUUUCUGUCGCUUUCCUUUGUGCCAGCAGGCGAAUGCAACGGAAGUUGUCAUGUUGCAUUGUUGCAGCUGCUGUUGAUGCCGCUGCCAUUGUUAUUCUGCACGGAGGAGCGGAUCGGGGGCAGGGGAUCGGGGAUCGAGAAUCGGCUGAAAGAAAAGACGAGCGUGCAACGCCCACACACUUGACUGGCCUGCUCUGCCACCUCUCGGCUUUCGAUUGUCAGCUCAGCUUCACGCCGCCGAGGGGCGUGGCACAUUAGUGGCAACAGCCCGGCCAUAAAAAAGGAAAACAGGGAACAGAAAAACCAGCGAAUACACGAUUGUCAACACGCACACUCCCACCGAGCGGGGCAGCGACAACACGGCGUAUGAGUAAUAUGUCUGGCUGCAUCGCUGGCGGUGCCUGCGCCAUGUCAACAUGCAAAACAACAAUGGGGCGGAAGUGCAUUGUAAACGUACCGUGCGCUGCACCCCAAAACUGAGCCCACAUGCCGCCAGAAGUGCCCACCUCACUACGGGUGAGUGCAAUUAUAAUUUUGUAAAUCGACGGAAGUUCGGAUAAACAUACGCAAAACGUUGGCCCGAAAAUGGUGAAAAAAGAUGAACAUGGUGAGCCCCUCAGGGUAAUGCGUUUCUGGUUUGAUGGCGAAACAAGCAAAAAUAGGGACACUCAUGGCUCACAACAGGGGCAUUGAAGUUAAAAACAGAUUGAAAGUAAUUUGUAAGCCUGCAGGCAAAGCAUAUGCUGUUUAAUAUAAUAAUUUAUUUUGUUGUUUAAGAAAAAACAAACAAAGCGAUUACAAAUCUAAUGUUUUUAAAUUUUAUUUGAUAAACUGUUUAAUGUCUAAGGGUAUCCUAUCAAAAAAUAAAUGAUUUAUUAAACCACA